AUGCCAGUUGGUGAAAGGCCAAAGCCAGUUAGUCACCUUCCUCCUGACCUAGAAAUAGAAAAGUGGUUUAAUGAAAGCAAUAACGAGGUUGAGUCAAAAAUGAAAAAUAUGGCAUGGAUAAUAGCACAUAUGUGCCAAACCUCUCAACAAAUGGUGGCAGCUUGGGCUGCUUUUAAUGAGAAGCAAGGACGGAUUUUCUGGGGGGGUGCGGGGGGGUGCGCACCCCCCCUAGAUUUUUUUGCACCCCCCCUAGAAACUUUUGCACCCCCCCUAGAAAAAUGUGCACCCCCCCAAACAAAAAGUAAAUGGUAAAAAAAUAAGGUCAUAGCUUUGUUUGGACGCUCUCUUUAGAGAAAAACAAUUCGUAUCGUUCUUUACACGCUAGUGUCACUCACUGGCGCUUAUAAUGUUCUCAACGCCUGUGUACCAGUUAUGUUACACUCUAGCGCUUACGCGUUACGCUCUAGCGCUUACGUGUUACGCUCUAGCGCUUACGGUUACGCUCUAGCGUUUACGUUCUUGUACCAUUGUACGGAAUGUACAAUGGAGAAAAAGAGAAAACAAAGUACUCUUGGGCGCUUUCUUGAAGAAAAAAGCGAAGCAAAUCGAAGUAUCAGCAGCCUGUUUAGAGACGGAAUUGGAAAAGAAUGAUAACACAGGUUAGUUACAUAUGUUUUUGGCAUUUCAAAAAAGAUAAUUUUACAAGUUUAGACAAAAAUUUAAUCAAUUAUAUAAAAUUUAAAUGAAAAAAAUUUAAAAUUUAAUUUAAUUUUGUAUAAAUUUGUUUUCAGUAAAUGCAGUUGAAAGUGAGGAAAAUGAGGGUGCAGCUGAGCCUGAAGGCCCAAUACAAAAAAUGUUGCAAGACACGGAAGGCAAGUUGGGCAACUAUGUGACAGGAAUAGUAUUACAGACAAGAAGACAAUUUUGUACACUGAACUUUGAUUUCAGUGAAUGUUAUCCGUUGUUUCCAGUUGGUACAGUUGAAAGUGAGAGAAAUGAAGGUGAAGCUGAGCUUGAGAAACAAAUGUUGCAAUCAUCAGACUGUUCAGACUCGGAACACAAUUACGAGACAGGUCAGUAA